UGAAUCCAACAUGGAGUAAGGAGGAGAUGGGGCUCGUCCGGGGCCAUCCUCACCGAUACCAGCGCACCAUUUUCGGUCACCGCAUUCCAGCCCGGCCCGGCGGGGGAGGAGGUAGAGGAGGCGGCGGAGGAGGAAGAAGAAGAGGAGGAAAAGAAAGAAAAGGCGUAGGAGGAGGAGGAGGAGGAGAAGGUGGAGGUGGAAGAGGAGAGCGGAUGCGCCUCUUCGGAUGCGCUCCAGUAAUUGAGGAGUGAAGGGAGAAGAAGAAGAGGAGGAGGAGGUGGUGUUGGAGGAGGAGGAGGAGGAGGAGGGGGAGACGGAGAUUCAUACAUAACACAAAUCGGGAUUCAAGAACCGAGCGCAGCGCGGGAGAGAACCGGAUCCGCCGCCGCUUCUGCCGCUGAAGGGCGAGGAAACAUGAAGACACCGCGCUGUGCAGCCGCGGCGGGAGCUCGUUAUUACCGGAGGUGAAACGGAAAAAAAUGAGCGAGGACACGCGCCCAGACGAUGACAGCUACAUUGUGCGCGUCAAAGCGGUGGUGAUGACCAGAGACGAUUCGAGCGGCGGCUGGUUGGCGCAGGACGGCUGCCUGAGCAGAGUGGGCGUGUGCAGGCUGCUGCCGAGCGAACUGCUGGGGCGCAACACCUUCCUGAUCCAUGGAGAACGCCUCAAAGACAAGCAGGUGAUUCUGGAGUGUUUCCUAAAGAAGGAUCUGGUCUACACGAAGGCCACGCCGACCUUCCACCACUGGAAGGUGGACAACAGAAAGUGUGGUCUGACCUUCCAGAGCCCGGCCGACGCCAGAGCCUUCGACCGUGGGGUGAGGAAAGCCCUGGAGGACCUGACAGAAGGGUCGACCACGUCCUCAUCGACGCUGCAGAAUGAGGCAGAGCUCGGCGACGAUGACGUCUUCACGCUUCAAAGAAAGAGGGUGUAUCGUUUCCGCAGGAUGUCCAGUGCUGGAGAAGAGAGUCUGACCUGUCAGUAAUCCGUCACUGAGCUGCCUGUUUACAUAGCUGGCCUCAUUUAGAGGAGAGCCGGGCGGACUGAGGGGAACGUGGCUGAACCGCCCUGGCUGCAGAUCAUUCCCAUCCGUCCUGUCUGCAAGUCUGAAGUCUGGCUCCCUGAGGAGGAGGAAGAGGACGAGAAGAGUUCGACUCUGAGGCACUGAGGAGGAUGUAGAUCAACGUUCAUCAGGAGUAAAUAAAA